AUGGUCAUUGUUAGCACCAAUGCACAUUAUCUUGAGGAAGACUAUAUUAAAAACCAGAUUCCCAAAAGUCAAUUAGCCUUGUAUGAAUUGAGAGGAGAAAAUAUAUCAACUAGAACCUUUCCAUUAGAACAACAACCUAAACCAUCAAUGGUUGGAGCUAACAUUCCAUUGCCUAGUUGUAGUGGAAGAAAUGUUAGUCGACCGGUUCGAUAUACACUUUUGGGAGAAGCUUUUGAUAGAAUCCCUGAAGAAGUGAAUAUUGAACCUGUCUGUUACAAUGAAGCACUACAAGAUAAAGAUGCUGAUAAGUGGCUUGUAGCUAUGAAAUCUGAGAUGGAGUCCAUUUUUUUUUUGGGUUGGGAGGCUGGCAUUCACACUUAUGUAGUCCCCACAGUCCAUGGACUUGCCCGUGGCAAUUUUACAGCCACAUACAAGAAUGAAGGGAAUUGUGUAGGUAUGUUGAAUUCUGUCAAAGAUUGGCUGUCCCAACGUUUUGAUAUGAAGGAUUUGGGAGAGGCUGCUCAUAUUCUUAGGAUUAAGCUUAUGCGAGAUCGCAAGAAAAGGAUGAUUGGCUUAUCUCAAGCACUUUUUAUUGAUACCAUUCUUGCUCGUUUCAGCAUGCAGGAUUCCAAGAAGGGUUUUCUUCCCUUCAGACAUGGAAUCACUCUAUCUAAGGACCAAUUACGUAGCCGAUGUGGGAUUCGCUUAAGAUUUCAGUCUAACCCUGGGCGAAAACAUUGGACUGCAGUUAAACAUAGAAUGAAGUACUUAAAAAGGACAAGAGAUUAUAUGUUAGUCUACCAGUUAGGAGAAUUUGUACCCGUUGGGAAUAUAGAUUCAAAGUUUCAACGUGAUAAGGACUCCCCGAAAUCUACCUCAGGAAAUGUGUCCUGGGAGUGGGCAGUUGCAAACUCAAAGGAGCCACGAAGCCAUAAAAUGGCAAAACACAUUGAGCGAAAGUAUCACUUGAUACAAGACAUAGUUCAAAGUGGUGAUGUGGUGGUGGCGAAGAUUGCAUCGGAAAAUAACCUAGCUUAUCCUUUUACAAAGAGCUUACUAUUAAAGACUUUUAACAGUCAUGUAGAAGGCAUAGGAGUUAAAAUAAUAUAUGCAUGGUUAUGA